AACUGCAAUUUUGCUGUUUCGUUGUCUGCUACGUACCAUGGAGGAGGAAAUCUUAAGCAUUCAAACGCCUGUCGUUUUCGAUGAAUCAAUCGCACACCAAGAAAUACAUGCGCACAAACCGUACGCAUCGUCAACUUUUAACAACAGCGAUGAGAUUCGAAUCACCGUUCAGCAUCAGGAUUUAUGCAUACUACCGAGCAAGAGUUCGCUGCAUAUCUCUGGAAAGUUGGUCAAAUCGGACGGUACUGCAGCAGCGAUCACAACAAGAUCAAAGAGUGAUUCAAAUGCCAUCGUUCAAAGUCAAGAAGAAGACUUUAGCGUCCUGAUCGAUCAAGUAGAAUGGUUAGUACCGUACGUGAAGCUCUCGGAUCAACGAAAAAUUGCGCCGUUAAAUUUCAUCGAGAAAGAUACGCCCGUCUCCAUGAGUUUCCACAGUUGGGAACUGUAA